GAAGUGGCACCAGAUGGAGACCCAGACCGUGCAGCAGGAGCUGGAAACCCUUCCGACCACCAAGAUGGCUCAAACCAACCCCAUGCCGGGGUCCGUGGGGCCAUGGAAGAUAACCAUCUACGACCAGGAGAAUUUCCAGGGAAAGAGGAUGGAGUUCACCAGCUCCUGCCCAAAUGUCUCUGAGCGCAGUUUUGAUAACGUCCGGUCUCUCAAGGUGGAAUGUGGCGCCUGGGUUGGUUAUGAGCAUACCAGCUUCUGUGGGCAACAGUUUAUCCUGGAGAGAGGAGAAUACCCUCGCUGGGACGCCUGGAGCGGGAGUAAUGCCUACCACAUUGAGCGCCUCAUGUCCUUCCGCCCCAUCUGUUCAGCUAAUCAUAAGGAGUCUAAGAUUACCAUCUUUGAGAAGGAAAACUUCAUUGGACGCCAGUGGGAGAUCUGUGAUGACUACCCCUCCUUGCAAGCCAUGGGUUGGUUCAACAACGAAGUUGGGUCCAUGAAGAUACAAUGUGGGGCCUGGGUCUGCUACCAGUAUCCUGGAUACCGUGGUUAUCAAUAUAUCUUGGAAUGUGACCAUCAUGGAGGAGACUAUAAACACUGGAGAGAAUGGGGUUCUCACGCCCAGACUUCGCAGAUUCAAUCAAUUCGCCGUAUCCAACAGUAGUGGAUUAAAAGCUCCAAGUAAGAGAAACCUUGCUAAGCAAUCUAGAAUGAGUUUUAUGUUAGCUGCUGAAAUCCACAAUAAAUGUCAUUAAAAAA